AAUGAAUAUAAAUAUGGUCAUGUAAUAACCAUUAUGCGAGACUGAAAGCACUUAACUUAUGAGUCGAUUCAAUUAACGUAGGAAGGAUUCAUCAACAGAGCUUAGCUGCUAUCAACAUGGAGUCACCAGAAGACAUCAAAACUGGUGUAGCAUUUUCUGGCGGUGGAGUCCGUUCAGCAGCCUUCUGUUCUGGUGUUCUACGAAGAUUACUACAAAAGAYAGUCGCCAUCGACUAUUUGAGUAGCGUGUCUGGUGGUGGAUAUACAGCCGCGUCGUACAUGGAAUGGAAAUACCGUAACGGCAAAAAGGACGAUCCAGCCUGGCACAAAGAGUACUUUGAGAAUUUACGAAAGCACAUCAARCCAUUAUGUGAUUGCUUCAAUCCAGUGCGCGGGAUUYUGGAUGGCYUUAUAGUGAUUUUUUUGUUAAUAUUCCUGUCAGUUGGACUUACACUUUUGAGAGCGUUUGCUUUUGUCAUGCCAAUAGCCUUUGUUGUCGAUAGCUUGUUUGGAAAUAUUCUUCGAGAUCAGUUCACUUGUCAUGAAGAAAAUGCCAAUAAAACCAUCCAAGGAAUUCCAAAAGACGAACUGCUCAAACUAUGCAUUCCAAAAUUUGGCCCCAACAUGGAAGUAAUGUUUCAAUUAACCUUCUCAUGGCUCMCAGCAUUUGUUCUUACAUUCUAUCUUAGCACUAUAGUAAGACUUCGAACUCCUAAAUAUGUUUUGAAGUUUCUCUAUCAGUUAACGGGAUUCGGAUCUGCGAUGAUUUUUCUUCCGUGGAUUCUCGAAUUGUAUAGCAGCUUUACUCCUCCCUGGGCAAGGCAGUUCUUAAUUGGAYCAGUGUUCAUUAUAUGGCUGUUCUUCCCCUCAUUAAGAGAAAAAGCUUUCUUUGCGCUGGGUAUUUUGGUAUAUGCGUAUUGCACCAAGUGGACCAUUUUCAAGACACCCCUUGCCUCGGUGGAAUACACAGACAAUCUGUACUGGAUAUUUGUUUGGGUUUCAGCAGUUUUAAUGUGGUUGCAUCCAUACAUGGGGGUGUUGCAAAUGUACGGUGCCCAUUAUUUUGUAGAAUGGAGACUGAAAAGGGCCUAUUUCUCUUCGAAGAGUAGAAUGGCCAAUACCUACUUUAGUAAAGCAUUAACCAUGGCGGAUCUUGAAGGCAUYGAACCAGAAUACAAAACCAAUGUUACAAUAAAUCAAUGGCGUAAAACAAAUAACGACUUUGAGAAGGAUUGCGAGAUUCUCACAUUUUCCUCUAAAAGCUUGGAACGGAUUGAUCGCAAGGAGAAAGAAAAAGAGUUCAGAACGGAAGGAUUCAUUAAGCCAAAAGACGUUCGACUAUCGUCCGCCAUGACAACGUCUGCGUCUGCUAUAUCAUAUGAUGAUGGMGAAUUACAAGAUGCUGAGAAAUCUUUCCGUGAGAUUAGAGUUAUUCUUGGUCUUGGAUUCGGAAACAAUUUAGUGGCACAGAUAGGGCUCACCAAAAUCUGGAUGUCAUCGGUCGUAACGAUGUUCAUUCAAAUAUUCUUUGGUGUGAUUGUCAUCGCAAUCCCUGUUGCACUUUACRUUGGGGCAUUAAACGACUGGGACCUUUGGAAWAGAGUGCUUCUCAUCGUUCUUUUGUCAUAUUUUGUGGUACUUGCACUGAUAGCAGUCAUCCCAACAGAAGACACUGGAUGCGGUGAGAAUGUAACUAGGUGGUGCAUCAUAAAUGUUCUUCAUGUCAGGCUCAUACGAGCUAUAUUUGGUAUUACUCAUGUUGGAUCUACUCCCCCUCCUGUCCUGUCUCUCAGCGAUGGCGGUCACACGGAGAACCUGGGUCUGCUUCCUCUGCUGAAACUCCGCCUACCACGUAUCGUGGCUGUAAACGGAGGUGCCUUGGAAAUCGGCGACGAUUACUCCACAGAUCUUCUAAAAGCUAUUAAGCAAGCUAGGAAGAAACUACGAUGCUCUUUCACAGGAGUCAGUGGUCGAGACAUAGAAGAGGAUAUUCGCGAUCAUUUCGUAGAAAKAGAAAAGGGCGAGCAGCCGAGAAGUUAUCGAUUUAAAGUUCAGUAUUWUAAAAAAGAUGACUUUGAAAAUAAGUGUGUUGGUGAAGGAGAGAUURUGAUGUUGAUGCCAAGACACCCAGACGAUGGAAUGAGACAAUUUCAAAAUUGCAAGUGGAGCGAUUUUGAUGGUGACGUCAAACUAGAUUUGGACGAGUCUGCCUGGGGACCAGGACCAGCCUUGAAGGCCUCUGAAGUUGAUCGUCUGUCAGGAUGUUUCUGCGAGUGUUGUCAUACAAAACCGUUCAAUUUUAUCAUGAAUUCCCUCUUUUCUGGGUUCCCCUUUCAUUCGUCUUUCAACCAAAUGUUCACACCCGCUCAGUUCAGUGCUUACCAUAGGGAAGGCUAUCACGCAUGUCUUGAAGCUAAAGCUGCUGACUUUCUUGGGAAAUGUCAAAACGCCGAGGUCAUAACUACGCAACCGCAGCGCUCCGAUGUAACAGUAAUAGAUGUUGCAGAAUUUGGAUCUUGACUUCUUUGAAAUACUUGCAUCAGGAUCUUCAACAGGGACGUAUGAUCAUUUAGUUUUGGAUAUAGCCGAAUUCCAAGUCAAAUCCAUGUUUGGAAGUGGCAUGUCGCUUUCUAGCAUUAACAAACAUGUUUUGAACUCAUUUCGAUAGAUUAAGAACUUGUUCCGAAAACUAGUGCACCGUUUGAGUUUUGAAAAGUGUCCAAAGGACAUGUUACCACUGUGCAUUGGGCCCGUAAACCCAGAAUGUGUUUAAUGAUAAAGUUGGAAGUUUUAAUUUUUAAAACUUUUUAAAACUUUUUWAAAAAAAAGGUUAAAUAAAACAUAYUUAAUAAGGAA